AAUAUUGCGUUGCAUCAAUACAUGAGGAUUCAUAACACCGGAAACAUGGCCGCUUCUACAUUUUACGUUUUGGUGUUCUUUCUUAUGUUGGGUGCAUUUCAGACGACAGAAUCAGCUCCACUCGCUAAUACCAAUCAGAAUAAUUUUUUUGACAAUUAUGAAGCCACGGAAGCCUACCUUGAAUCAUGUAGUCCACCUUUGAAGGUCAUUUUUGAGAAGACUUUACUGGACUCUGCCGGCCAACUGACGAGCAGCUUUGGCCGAGCGUGUCCCCCGAAGUCCCCGCAGCACCCAGUUUCCAUGUUGUGUUUCAUGUUUGCGCACAGAAUUCGUGAUAUGUGUGACCUCUCCAAAGCAAUGUCCAAUGCUAAUGAAGAAUUUUCUACGACAAUGACAAAGUUUUUCAUCCAGUAUUCACCUACACAGAUUGCCAUGAAUGAAGGCACAUUUUGUGCCGAUAUGACUGACCCAUCAAUGACGGGUAAACGACAACUAGAUAAAGGGCCGGAGGAUAAGGCAAUCAGUCUGAGUCAGUGGGAGGUCUACUACAUGAACCAGGCAGGGAUACCUGUCGCUAGACCCUUACCGUUGGAUUCACCCACUUGUUCACGACUCUGGCAAGCAAUGGAAUGUGACAAACCUGAUCUGAACGUCAUUUGCCAGGCCUAUGCGUUUCUGGCUACGAGAGAAGGUCCUAUCUUGGAAGGACAUAAAGGAUCGCUGUCCACGUAUGGACAAUCUUUAGAGAACAAAGAGCCACAAGAACAAGGGAAUAGUGAAUCACAUCAAUCAGAAACUCCAGAUAAGGGCACUGACAAUGAAAUACCCAACCCAAAUCAAGGGAAUCCACUUGGGAACCCAAAUGGAAUGCCUAGUACCAACCAUGAGACUCCGCUAGGGGGCCCAAUUUUAACUCCCAAUGACAACCAAGAGAUUCCAGUUGGGAACCCAAUGCCAGUUGACAACAAAGCUACUUCACAAGGGGGCCCUAAUGAUGAAGUGCCCAUUGACCAAAAUACUCCAUUAGAGGGCUCUAAUAACGAAGUGCCCGUUAACCAACAUACUCCAUUAGAGGGCUCUAAUAACGAAGUGCCCAUUAACCAACAUACUCCAUUAGAGGGCUCUAAUAACGAAGUGCCCAUUAACCAACAUACUCCAUUAGAGGGCUCUAAUAACGAAGUGCCCAUUAACCAAAAUACUCCAUUAGAGGGCCCUAAUAAUGAAGUGCCGAUUAACAACCAAAACACUCCAUUAGUGGGCCCUAAUAAUGAAGUGCAGAUUAGCAACCAAAAUACUCCCUUACAUGUAGUGGGCCCUAAUAAUGAAGUGCCGAUUAACAACCAAAAUACUCCAUUAGAGGGCCCUAAUAAUGAAAUGCCAAUUAACAACCAAAAUACUCCAUUAGUGGGCCCUAAUAAUGAAGUGCCGAUUAACAACCAAAAUGCUCCAUUAGAGGGCCCUAAUAAUGAAAUGCCAAUUAACAACCAAAACACUCCAUUAGUGGGCCCUAAUAAUGAAGUGCCCCCUAAUAACGAAGUGCCCAUUAACCAAAACACUCCAUUAGAGGGCCCUAAUAAUGAAGUGCCGAUUAACAACCAAAAUACUCCCUUACAUGUAGUGGGUCCUAAUAAUGAAGUGCCGAUUAACAACCAAAAUACUCCAUUAGAGGGCCCUAAUAAUGAAGUGCCCAAUAAUGACCAAGAUAUUCCAGGAGGGGGCCCCAAUAAUGAAGUUCCUAGUAGCAACCAAGAUACUCCAAUAGGAGGCCCUAAUGAUGAAAUUCCUCAAGUAGAAAAUCCUGGUUUGAACGAAGGGAAUCGCCAAGGUGAAGAUGAUUCCUUUGAUAGUGACUAUGAUGAGAAUGAAAAACCCGGACUGCGACCUCCAGGGGACUAUGGUGAUGGUGAUGAUGAGGAUGAGGAUGAAUAUUCGGAUAGCGACCUUGACAAUGAUUCUGAAGGCGCUGAUGAUAAAUGGGGCUCGAACCAAUUUGAGAAUCAGGAGGAGAACCAUAAACCAGAGGAAUUUCUUGGAGACCAAGGAAAUCAGGAGACGAAUCAAGGCAUCCAAGAGCCUGCUCAGAAUAUCAAGUAUGAGCAUACGUAUGAUGAUGAUGAUGGUAACACCCACUUCCUGGCAUACUCUUUGACAGCAAUCAUUCUCAUCUUAGCCACCUACAUCAUGUAUCAUAACAAACAAAAGAUCAUUGCUGUAGUCAUAGAGGGCCGGAACAGCAGGGGGAGAAGAAAGCGAGGAGGCUCAGGAUACCAGAAGCUAGACCAGAACAUCAGUGAAGCAAUGCCAUCCAUGCAUAGCCAAAAUGCAUAAAUUCCAAUACUACACAGCAUUAUCUAAAGGGGCUGACACACCUUGGGGGAGGGUUAGUUUCACAAAUAUUUUAAGUGUAAUUUACAGUCCCAUUUAAAUUCCUAGUUGGGAUGGAAAAUGAAAACUGAAUUGAUCAAACCAUGCUAAGAUGGUGCAUGCUUCUGUGUAUUAUUAAGAUUACUAUUGUGGUAACUCUGCCAUGUAAAGGUAAAUAUGUGCCAUGGUAACAAUGAUCAACAGCCAAUCAUAUUCAAGGAUUCCAUGCAAGUUAGCAUAAUGAUAACUUUUUGUGUUACAGGGCCCUGAUGCUAGGAUUCUGAUACCUUAUUACAAAAUUCAGUGAAAAGAACCGUCUGUUUUCUUCAUGAAAUACUUCCCUGGUCUGUGAAACAGUGCUUGAUUAACCAAACUUUGAGGAUGAAAAGUAAUUUUACGGUCUGCACUUACAAUAUGUUGCAUAAUUUUGGAACUGCAUUCCCAAGCUUUUUAAUUCAAAAUUCAACUUGCAAGUAAAAAGUCGGUGAGCAAUGUGGUAAAAAAAUUUGCAUGACAGAACCAAUAGGAAAAUAUUGAGAGGGAAGUUUGUUCAAUACAUUCAUACUGCAAUGUUACCAAGUAGAAAAACAAGUACAGGUAACUAUUUUUCCUCAAAACAUGUUGGUUUCUUAAAGAUUAAAUCAUAGACUUAUUUAUAUACUGAAAUAUACACUGUAGUAUUGAUAGGAAAAAGUGAUACUUGGUUCUUUUAUAACACAUCACAGAUUGCAUGUCUCUAUGUGAUAAAAGGAUAGAAAUCUCGAAAGGUAUAUUUAUAAGACUAGCUUUUAUAAUGCACAGUUAAUGAGACACCACAUGCAAUAUUAGUAAGUUUGGUCUCGCCUGAAGGACGUUCCACAGUUAUAAAUUCAUGUCAUUUUCAUCAAACUUUGCUCAAAAAUACUUUAGCACCUGAAUAUGCCAAAUGUUCAAAAAAUGACAUGGGUCCAUGUGCUUGAUUUUUUGCUAUAGAGCUUCAAAGUUCACCCAAAUGGAUGUUCUUAAUAAUUGCACAUUCAAAAGAAUUUCGCAUUAUUAGACCUCAUGAGAUCGCUACAAUGAGAUUAAACCUCUAUUACUCAGUCAAAGUCCAUGAAAAAAAAAUCAAAUUUUGCAAUAUAGUUAAUAAUGGUAUCCUUAAGAUGGAGAAUCUAUCUAUAUUGCUAUUUGAUUGCUCUUUUAAGUCUAACAGCACUGUCAUUUCUUAAAAAUGGUUUGAAUCAUAACAAAAACCCAGUCUAAAAAUGUUAAAUUUCAAUAACAAACUUGAGAGGUACAAUAAAUGCUGCAAUUUAUUUAGAAUCCAUGUCAUUUUCACUAAACUUUUAAAAGUUGUAGAGGAAGUAAGAGGUGCAAACAUUAGAAAAUAUGGGUACAUGUGCUUGUUUUCAAACUAUCAGCACUUUUAUUUGAGAAAAUGUGCUUUUUGAAAUACCAAAAUUGCACCAAAUGCUUUGUAUCUAUGUGAGGAGAACCACUCUACCAUUUCUUCAAACUUGGGGUCAUAUUCGUCAUACUUUGAAGCACUACAGAGUAAAGUAUAUUGAAAUUGUAGAGAUAUUUUUUUUAAAUGGUCCAUAAAGUAAUUCAAGUUUAUUUGCUUCAUAAAAUAUCACAUCGAAUCUGCAGUGCAGAUAAUAAGAAAAAUCAGCUCACAUAACCUACAGCUGAUUAAUCACCAGUUCAUACAUUGUGACGUCAGCGUGCAGA